AUGUUCACCAUCGCCCACCGCCUCAACACCAUCAUGGACUCGGACAGGGUGAUUGUGCUGGACGCUGGCCGUGUGGUGGAGGACGGGGAGCCGCACGAGCUGCUGAAGCGCGACCAGGGGAUCUUCACGGGCAUGGUGGAGCAGACAGGCGCCAGCAGCAGCAGGUGUACAAACCCAUGCACGCGCUUUCCAACGGUGCCGCGUAUUGAUUGA